AUGCAGGAGUUACGGACCAAGAGACCUUUCAAGAUAUGGGACAGCUGGCGUAACGUAAGAAAAGGACUGGUCGUUAGCAAUUUCGAAGAGUUGAUUGUUCGAGGUAAGGAAAAGCUGGGUGUGCCACAAAACGAGAAUGUCUCACUAGUUUUGGAGUCGGACGGCACGCAAGUCGAGGACAGCGAGUACUUCAAGACACUAGGAAACAACACGAUUCUGCUCUUGUUGCGGCAUGGUGAACGCUGGUGUCCUACUGGCGUCGACAUCAUACGCGCUGCAAUUUCGGCAAUCCCGAAAAUAGUCUGCGAGACGAUCCACGCGCUGGAGUUGCACGAUGAGACGCCAUCGUGGAAAAUCAUGGACAAUAAAGGCCGAGUUACAGUCGUAUUGCACUGGGACCAGCGCUCGUCGUCGUCGUCGCAGGUGCAGCAGCAACAAUCAAAGGCAGGCCAAGACGCCCAAACUUCCAAGUACUCGCCGACUAAGAAAGCUGACCUGAGUGGCGCCCAGCGGCCGUCCCUGGUGAUCCAAACCAGCUUGGACAAGCUCAGCUAUGAUGGCAAGGCAACGCACUUACCCGGCGAGAUCGCCCCGACGCGGUACACCAGUCCGCGAAUCACUGUGAUAAAUCAUGACGAUAUGGCGAAUAACACUUUAUAUCAUGCUAUCAAUUCGUCUUCAUUCUAAUAGCAGCAGCCGAUGCAGUCGCACAUGCCGGGCCGUCUAGUGAAACAAGGCACGAAUUCAUUCGACAGUACAACCAUCCACAUCCACACGCCUGAAUGUUCCAACCAUAUUCAUCAGCCGGUCGCGCGGAAUGGCAGUCCCGUGAAUGGCGCCGACGGCGGUGCCAUCGGCGAGUGCGACUUCCACUGCUGUGCUCUGCACGAGGAGGGCCGCAAAAUCGCUGUACACAAAUCAGUGGCAACGUCACCGAUCCAGGACGCGCAGAACGUGCAAUAUCAACACCCGCAUCAUCCGCAUCAGCAGCAACAACAGCAAACACAAACACAAACACCGUCGCCACAGCCGCCAUCCUCCCUUUCGGACGGCACCAAGCGACCUGGCCUGAGCAAAGGUCAUGUUCGCUUUCGCGAUACCGCCGACGAGGAAUCAAGCUCACGUCUGGCCGGUACCGUUGCCCACUUUCACUUACAUCAUAAUCAUCAUCAUCAAGAACAUGACAGUUCCGAGUCCGAAACGGAAAAUACAAUAAUGGAGGACGAAUUUGUGACCUCGGAAAAAUUUCUGCUACUAAUCGAUCAGCUGACUGUCGAUCAGAAGCACCACCUUAGUAUCAAGGACAUCGGCAUUAUACUGGAGCGACUCAACUCUAAAAUCCUCGACGUCGAGCGACUGGAUCGCGAAAGCGAGAGCGAGGAGUGCUACAAUUGGACGAUCAAGGCACUUAUACGGGGCGAUGUUCUGCGGGAGCUCGGUGUGAUCUACAAUGGGAAUUAUUACGCGAUCUCGGAGCAUCCUGGUUACAAAGAGGAGUCCGAAGAGAAUAACGAGGAUAACGAGGAGGAAGAGGAAGAUAGACUUUAA